CAAAUCUUUGCUUGCACGUUGCAGAAGUAUCCUCCUGCUCAAGGUGUUCUCAGUGAACAGGGGUGUCAUUUAUUCUCUUCUUGGAGCACAGCACUUGCACAGCACUGCUAAAAUGGCUGAGCCAAUCGCUGCUGCAGUUUGCACUGUCUAUUCUAUGGGUUAUUCUGGCUAUUAUUUGACCCAUCUGGCACGUCAUCUCACCUAUGGAUGGAGAGAAGCUGAUCCUUCAAGCACAAACCAAACAUCAGCACCUCCUCAGUCUCCCUCUGUUCCUGGAGAAGAGGGCAAAGAGGAGGAAAAUUACAACAACCCUCCGUCUGUUGCUGCACCACAGCCUGGACAACCUGAAUCAAGUGCAAAACCAGCAUUAGAACUUGUUCGGUCUCCCUCUGUUCCUGGGGAAGAGGGCAAAGAGGAGGAAAAUUACAACAACCCUCCGUCUGUUGCUGCACCACAGCCUGGACAACCUGAAUCAAGUGCAAAACCAGCAUUAGAACUUGUUCGGUCUCCCUCUGUUCCUGGGGAAGAGGGCAAAGAGGAGGAAAAUUAUAACAACCCUCCAUCUGUUGCUGCACCACAGCCUGGACAACCUGAAUCAAGUGCAAAACCAGCAUUAGAACUUGUUCGGUCUCCCUCUGUUCCUGGAGAAGAGGGCAAAGAGGAGGAAAAUUACAACAACCCUCCGUCUGUUGCUGCACCACAGCCUGGACAACCUGAAUCAAGUGCAAAACCAGCAUUAGAACUUGUUCGGUCUCCCUCUGUUCCUGGGGAAGAGGGCAAAGAGGAGGAAAAUUACAACAACCCUCCGUCUGUUGCUGCACCACAGCCUGGACAACCUGAAUCAAGUGCAAAACCAGCAUUAGAACUUGUUCGGUCUCCCUCUGUUCCUGGGGAAGAGGGCAAAGAGGAGGAAAAUUAUAACAACCCUCCAUCUGUUGCUGCACCACAGCCUGGACAACCUGAAUCAAGUGCAAAACCAGCAUUAGAACUUGUUCGGUCUCCCUCUGUUCCUGGAGAAGAGGCUAAAGAGGAGGAAAAUUACAACAACCCUCCGUCUGUUGCUGCACCACAGCCUGGACAACCUGAAUCAAGUGCAAAACCAGCCUUAGAACUUGUUCGGUCUCCCUCUGUUCCUGGGGAAGAGGGCAAAGAGGAGGAAAAUUACAACAACCCUCCAUCUGUUGCUGCACCACAGCCUGGACAACCCGAAUCAGUCCUGCCAGAAGAAGACCGUGGGAAGAUUGCUUUGCUAGACAUGCAGACUCAGGGAGAGCUGUUUCAAACCCAGCAGCAGCUAGAGCAGCAGGAGGAAGAGCAGAGAGAGAAUGGGCAGAACAUCAAGACAAAACUGCAAGCACAGCUGCCUGAAGCUCAGAGGAAGACCAAAGCAGCUGAGGAGAGACAUGAGGAAGAAACAAAAAGCAUCCAAGAUGAAAUGAAUCUAUUUCAGCAGAGCGGGGAUCUGCAAAACGAGAUAAGGGAAACAGUGGCAGGAACUCCAGUCAAGAGACUUUCUCUCCCCCUCUGCUUACAGAACAGCAGGGAAAAGCUGCAAGCAGAACUGCAGAGAGCUUGGAGUGAGAUCAAGGCCAUGGGAGAAAGGCACGAGGAAGAAAUGAAAAAUAUCCAAGAGGAUGUGAAUCUCCUACUGCAGCAGAAGGAGACUCUACGAAAGCUGGUGGAAGAGUUGGCGUCUCAUCUGGCAGCCCCCAGACUGUCCCAGCAAGUGAUUGGCAACAAAGCUCAGCAAGGUCAGAGGAAGGGACAGGAACAGCCAAGGGAGGAGGUGCUGGAGGUUGAGCACUUACAGAAGAUGAUGGAGGAAAAGAAGACUCAAGAUGAGGAGAUCUACAUAGACUCUGUCAUUGAACCUACUGCUGCAAUAGCAUCGUCUAAAGAAGCCUCCACUCCCCAGCCUGAAAACUUGACAACGAGCAGUUGGCUCAGCUCAGACCAGGUGGAAGCUUUUCUGCAAGACAUGGUAGAGGAGGCGUCCCUGAACAUACUGAGAAGAAUGGUGAGCGUGGGUGAUCCUUUGCAGAAAUACAUUGAACUGGAAAACAUUGGCAGUGGGGCUUUUGGAGCUGUUUGUAAAGCACUUGACACUGCCACUGGAGGACAGGUGGCCAUAAAGAAAAUCAGUCUUCAAGAAACCAGCAAGGAACUAACUCUUAAUGAAAUCGAGGUCAUGAGGACAAAUAGGAAUUCCAACAUUGUUAACUAUUUGGACAGCUACAUUGUGGAGGAGGAACUCUGGCUGGUCAUGGAGUACGUGGAUGGAGGCACUUUAUAUGAUGUUAUCAGUGAGACAUGCAUGUCUGAAGGACAGAUGGCAGCUGUCAGUCGGGAGUGCCUGCAAGGACUAUAUUUCCUUCACUCAAAUGGGGUGAUCCACAGAGACAUAAAAAGUUCAAACAUUCUCAUCAGAACAGACGGAUCUGUCAAGUUGGCUGAUUUUGGCCUCUCUGCUCAGCUCAGCCUUGAUCAGAGUUAUCGGAACUCAGUGAUUGGGACUUCUUGGUGGAUGGCACCAGAAGUUGUGAUAAGCAAACCAUACGGUCCCAAAGUGGAUAUAUGGUCAUUUGGCAUCGUGGGACUGGAAAUGGUGGAAGGAGAAGUUCCUUACCAGAAUGAAACAUCUGUUCUGGCUCAGUACUUGAUAGCCACCGGAGGGGCACCCAAGCUGAAGAACCCCAAGCAAGUUUCCGCUUGGCUGCGUGACUUUCUGACCUGCUGCUUGGAGACAGACCAGGACAGGCGCUGGUCUGCCGAGGAACUCCUGCAGCAUCCAUUUGUAGAAUCAGCCAAGCCCGCCUCCAGCCUCGUGCCGCUUAUCACUGCAGUGAAGAAGUGGAAGGAAGAGACAAGACUCCAACAACCAGUCGAGGACCAUUUUCUUCAGUGGCAGCUCUAGGCAGGACUCAGAAUAAAAACUCCACGAAAUCUCAACUCA